AUCAAAUACUGUUAUGACAAAUUUUGUUUUGAAAUUUGAAUAGAUAAUUGAAUCGGCUAUGUUUAUGUUCGAUUCUAUGCAAUUAUCGAGUCAUAUCAAGGAGUCUAUCUCUGAUAUAUAAACAUUUAAAGUCGGAAUUUACGAGACGCGACCAACACAGCUUUAGUGGGUCAGGAGUUUAACGAAAGAUCGUUUAAAAUAACUUAUUAUACAAUAUAACAGGCGUGCUUGUAUUGUCAACAAUCAGAAAGAUGAGUGCUAAAGCAGGCAGUAAAAGUAAAGUAAACAGAAAAACGAGUGCUAAAGAAGGUGCUACACGUGAAGUAAAAAGUCCGCCGGACAAAACAGCAACACCUUCCAGAAAAAUGAGUGCUAAACAAGGAGCUACAUCUAAAGUUGAAAGUCCACCUGAGAAAACGAGAACACCUUCCGGUAGAAAAAUUAGUGCUAAAGAAGGUGAUGCAGGUAAAGUAAAAAGUCCCCCGGAGAAAACAGAAACACCUUCCAGAAAAAUGAGUGCUAAACAAGGAGCUACAUCUAAAGUUGAAAGUCCACCUGGGAAAACGAGAACACCUUCCGGUAGAAAAAUUAGUGCUAAAGAAGGUGAUGCAGGUAAAGUAAAAAGUCCCCCGGAGAAAACAGAAACACCUUCCAGAAAAAUGAGUGCUAAACAAGGAGCUACAUCUAAAGUUGAAAGUCCACCUGAGAAAACGAGAACACCUUCCGGUAGAAAAAUUAGUGCUAAAGAAGGUGAUGCAGGUAAAGUAAAAAGUCCCCCGGAGAAAACAGAAACACCUUCCAGAAAAAUGAGUGCUAAACAAGGAGCUACAUCUAAAGUUGAAAGUCCACCUGAGAAAACGAGAACACCUUCCGGUAGAAAAAUUAGUGCUAAAGAAGGUGAUGCAGGUAAAGUAAAAAGUCCCCCGGAGAAAACAGAAACACCUUCCAGAAAAGUGAGUGCUAAAGAAGGUGCUACAUGUAAAGUAAAAAGUCCUCCGGAGAAAACAGGAACACCUUCCAGAAAAAUGAGUGCUAAAGAAGGUGCUACAUGUAAAGUAAAAAGUCCGCCGGAGAAAACAGCAACACCUUCCAGCAUGAAGCUGUCUGAGUAUUUACCUAGACUGGGAAAAGAAACUCUUCAGGAGUUUGUUGAACGUUAUCUGGGUGUGACUUAUAAAGGUCGUAUGAACCAGACUAUUGAUCAUCUCCAACGUCACUUAGAGAAGCUGCCAGAUUAUUCCAUAGCCGGUACUUUCAGGACUGGAUCUAUGGCGAAAUGUACCGCUGUAAAAGCAACAGCAGAUAUUGAUCUUCUGGUAUUCUUCGAUGGAUACCGUAACAUGCAAGAAUUCAUUCAAGAUAAAGAAAGCGACGAUGGAAUAUUACAAGCCAUUGAACGCCAUCUCACAACGGAUCCUGUAUAUUCUAAAAAUUGGGAAUGCACAAAGAUUGCUCGCGGUUAUCACGUGACCGUGAAGAUGGUUGAAUAUUCAAUACUCGUAGAUAUUUUACCGGCUAGACAAUAUCGAAUGGCAAUGCGUGAUGCAAUUUAUAAUCAAAUGAAGCGAGAGCCGGGGUCCGUAAGAAACCACUAUUCGGUAUGUCUUGCACCGAUACAAUGUGAUUUCAUGAAAAACCAACCAAGACAAGUGCAUCACUUAGUUAAACUUCUGAAGUAUUGGAAAUCGGAAAAUGAGAUCAAACUGAAGUCGUAUUUUUGUGAAUUAUUAGCGGUUCAUAUCUUUAAAACAAAGCUUGACAAAAAUGUUCGGUUUGAUCUGAAAGAAGGUUUUGUCCUGGCUCUGACUCAACUUCAAAAUUACAAUUCAUUGGAAAUCACAUUUUCUGAUUAUUAUAAACCAGAUGUUUGGAAGGAUGAGCGCCCUUGCAAACCAUACGUCAUGGACCCUGCAAACCCCUUUAUGAAUACUUGCAACCAAUACCUGGAUAGCAGUGAUAUGGACAGAAUGGUGACAUGCGCUACAAAUACCAUAUCAGCUAUCUCAAACCGGGAUUGUUAAUGAACACAUUAUACCCUUAACAUCGAUAGUAUGCAUAUUUCGUGAAUACCCCUGAUUCGUACAUCAAGUGUGGCCAACUAUUGUCUCAUUUGUGACCUCUGGGGCCCAUCCACGGGGGAGACAAAUAGUCAAAUUAUUCACCCUUGAUACUUCUGUUAUUUUUAUCGACCAAUCGAGUGGGCGAAGGCAAGUAACUCGCAUUGUAUUGCAACUAAGAUUAUUGUGGUAUGUAAAUUGUUUUUUGAUUAGUUCGUAGAAUUAACCUACGAUCAAGGGCAGAUAAUUUGAAUUUGUCCCCCCCCCCUCCAGCCUCAAAAACAAGAAGGUGAACAACAAGAACUGUAACCGGAGUAGCGUCUCGCAUAGUUCCUGGUCCAAACAUAAAAGUCCAUGAACGUUUUGUAAAGUUAGUUGACCUUUAAAGGGCUUGCAAGGUUUUGUAAAACUAGAUGACUUUUAAAGGGUUUGCAAAUUUUUGUAAAACUGUAUGACCUUUAAAGGGUCCGCAAAGUUUUGUAAAACUACAUGACCUGUAAAGGGUCUGCAAUGUAAAACUAGAUAACCUUUAAAGGGUCUGCAAGGUUUUGUACAAAUGGACGAUCUUUAAAGGGUCUUCAAGAUUUUGUAAAACUAGAUGACAUUUAAACGGUUCUAGAAGUUUUUUUAAAAAUGGGCGACCGUUAUGAGUUUAUCGAGGUUUUGGUAUAAUUUCAUUAUUGCCGCGAAAAUAACAAUACCUAUGUAUAUGGCCUUACUCUGUGAAUUUGUUUUCAAAAUACCUCUUUCAAAAUAGAUAAUCAAGCCAAGUUUUAAGAUUGAGGCCCCAUCUGCUACCCGUAUAUAACACAAACACCCGACCGAGAUAGUAAAUUGACCUCGAUUACCCAGGCGCUGCGAUUUUGAGUUGGCCUUCAGCGGGAAUAAGCAUGAAUGUCAGCUUUGUCCCCAUAACAAUAUGUCGCAAUGUGAUCUCUUUAAAUUACAAUUAAAUGAAUAUCUCAUGGUAAUUGUAUAUCAAAGGUCGUGAUUCAUAUUAAUAUAUAUUAUGUUAAAUGAGUGUAUUAUGAAUACGUGUAUUAUAUAUGUUAAAUAAUAAAGAGACUAUUUUUUUAUCUACA